AUGCAUCCUCAUAUCUACUCCAAUGGCAUCAUCUGUCUCGAUUUGCUCGGCAGUCAAGGCUGGAGUCCCGUACAGAACGUCGAGAGCGUUUGCAUGAGUAUACAGAGCAUGUUAACUGGCAACGAAAAGAACGAACGGCCAGCGGGAGAUGACGAAUUCGUUCGGAGCAACCGCUUGCGCCCGAGAGAUAUUGACUUCUAUUAUCACGAUAACACCGUUUGA